CCCUGAGUAUUGAUAGGGCAGUAAGCUAAACUCGUUUAAGUCACAAUAUAUACAUAUACUUAGUCCUAGCGAAACAAUGUCUUAUAUUUAUGGCAUAACCGAUAUCAAAUAUAAGCCAAAAGAGAAGAAGAAAAGGGAUGCAGUAAUAUCAGAUGUUCCACCAGUUAAAUUCCGAACUCAUGAACUGCUCGCACGUUGUCCGAAGUACAACCACGACGACUGGCCCAUAGACUUUCGGGCCACGCCCUCAACUCUCGUCGAGCUAUGUGUUUGCGCAGUCGAUAAACUACCUUUGCCGCCGGUCUCAGAGUGGGACGACAAGGCUAUAAGACUAUGGAUUCUUCGCUAUGGAUAUCCACAAUAUAUGCACACUUUUCGUGUGAACAUGAUAUGGGGGCGAAAACUGUUGUUGCUGGACGCUGACGCGCUGUCAGCAAUGAAUAUCAAGGACUUCGACCAUAUCAAACACAUUACCUAUGGCAUUCGGAUGCUGUUUCAUUUUGAGCUGACCAAAUUCUCUCACAGUAUUACUCUACCGGAUGAAAAGCCCAAUGAGCUCUACUUGCUGUGGCACACGCAGACGGGCAUCAACUAUGAUGAAUGUCGACGCUCUGAUUUGUAUAUGCGCAUGCAGAUCAUUCGGGAGCGGUCUAAGAAUCGAGAUCACUGGGAGUUGCUCGAACUGUGGCUGCGUAGGGAACGCGAACGCAAGUACAAGGAGCUGAUUGCGUGUGUGCCGCGCUUUAACAUAUACGAAUGCCCCAAAGCGCCUGUCAAGGAUUCAAAACCGCUGGUCAGGUUGGAUUGCAUUUGUCAUAAUUGUAUACCGCCAUGCGACUGCCUUUGGACAGAGAAGGAAUUGGCUCAGCCUUGGAACCUGCACUGCUUGAAUAUCAGAUCUGAAUACACAUUUAAGUUGAAGGAGAGCAUAUGUACCCAAUGUAUCCAGCCUUGCGAAUGCAACUGGCUCUCGAGAUAUUAUCUGACCGGAACAGUUCUUUCUUGCCUGAAAAAACACUUUCCGCAGAAGUUUGCUCCCACUUACGAUGACACGAAGGAAAUAAUAAUGCCAACCCACCUGCUCAAUAAGUGGACCCGCUUCUCUCUUUAGAUUGUUAUACUUGACCCCUCUCGUCGCCACGUGAGGGUUCAUUGCUUCACUUUUAUUUGGGUUGAUCGAUAUUGAGUGAAAAUAUUCUUCGAAAUUUUAUACAAAUUUUAUUAUCUAUUUGAAUCGCUUACUUUACCAUAUCGAUGACCAACCUGUCUAUAUUUGCAGAAGCAAAUUUGUAAGUAAUAAAUACGCAACUCGAUUAAACAACUAACCCGAAACAAAUGAGCUUUUACUGCCAUC